UACACCUCCACCAAGUCUACUACCAAAUUCAUCUCACGUUGCAACCCUGGAAAUUCAUACCCUGAUCAAAACCCUAGAAAUUCAUUCCGUAAUCAAAAUCAAGAUGUCCAACAACAUACCAUUCGAAAUCCAAGCCGAAAUCUUCAAAAGGCUUCCGGUCAUAUCCUUGAUCCAAAUUCGAUCGGUCUGCAAAGCAUGGAAGUUUCUCAUCGACAGCGACGAUUUUAUCAAGAAUUACAGCGGCCAGAUGCAAUAUCUACUUGCAAGGUAUAAAGAUAAUGUAGAUUUCCAAGAAAAAUAUGUUUUAAUUGAUGAUAAUCAUACUUUCCCACAAAACAGAGUCUCCCUGAAUACUCACCAUUUGGUUAACAUGCUUAAAUAUUCUAGGAUAAUCGGUUGUUCUCACGGAUUGUUGUGUUUGUACGGUGGUUAUCAAGAGGGCCAUGAUGGUCCCCUCUCUGGAACGUGCAGAGCUGUUCUUUGGAAUCCUUCCAUUAGAAAAGCUGUUGCUGUUGCUGUGCCGAAUGUGGCGGAUAUGACGAUUUACGAAACCGGCUUUGGUUUUGGGGUUUGUCGUGAGACUAAUGACCCUAAGAUAGUCAAGAUUACACAUAUUAAUAUGAGGGGCCACAGGGAAAGUGUAACUUGCAUUCCUUGGCAAGUUGAAGUUUUUCCGUUAAGCACAGGGGCUUGGAGAAGUCCAUAUACGAGCAAUCUCCCUCGUAAUUCAAUUGAAUUUGAUUACGAUAACACGGUGGUUAUAUAUGGAAUGCUUUAUUGGCUUGCUACUGAUAGGAUUACUGCUGAUGGUGGAUUUCAGUCUUAUAAUAAUCUGAUUAUUUCAUUUGAUAUGACAAGUGAAGAAUUCCGAGAAGUAAACCUUCCGGACAGUUUAGCACACCAGUCGAUUGAUGGUCUGUCAAUUUUAUAAGCUGAGAGAGUCUCUUGUUGUGCUUGAACGCGAUGUAGAGGCCAAUAACCUAGUUUUUCGUGUAUGGACGAUGACGGAUGUUGUUCCAAAAUUGUUUACAAAGUUAUUCACUAUUGAUAUACCAUAUAAUGUAUCAGAAGUUUAUGUAACGGGAUUUAGGAAGACAGGCGAACCUAUAAUUGAUAGUUUACCACGCCAUCCUGAGUGGACUGGAUCACUUGCUGUUUAUGAACCAUGCUCAAACUCUAUCAAUAGCCUUGGGAUUGAUGGAAGAGAUUUUUCACAUUAUGUGUAUUCCUACAUCGAAUCACUACUUCUGCUUUGAUCAGUCUGUUUUUUUUACAUUUAUGAAAAAGGUAACGGCCAACUGAAGAGCUAAGGACAAAAGGAUUUUGAAGCAUACAAGCAAGCCACUGAAGACCCCUGUAUCAUUUUUAUUUAUUUUUGUCAAGUGAGUUACUACUACAGUUGCAAAAUAUUUAAAACUGAGACUACCAUUACCUGUUCUGCGAUUUCCAAAGAUCCAAGGAGCAGAGUUAUUUAAAAGAGAUCUCAAGCAAACAUGGUGGAUACAGAACACUGGAUGGUCUUGAAGUUCUAAAUCAAACAAGUCUCCAAAGGACCA